UUGGCCCUUGGGCACUCUGAACACCCACGUCAGCACAACCUUUUUUCCCUCUCACAAACGGGUUUCGGUCUUUAGGGCUGAGCAGGAAGUGGCUGUUUACCCAGAUCUGGAAAGCCACGAGUAUAUGGUCGAAAGUGUCCAGAAAUGGAGAUGGUUUGUGAAAUUGGGACGAACAGACCAUUGCAACCAUCGGUCGAGCCAGGUCGCCUGCAUCCUCAAAGAUGGUGCAGAAUGGACAUAACCACCAGUCACCAGAGCUGCCUGCUGAAGCAGCUGGACCAGCAGCGUCGACAGGAGCUCUUCUGCGACUGCAACAUACUGGUGGAAGGCCACCUUUUCAGGGCUCAUCGCAACGUGCUCUUUGGCAGCAGUGGCUAUUUCCGUAUGCUGCUCUCCCAGGGAGCCAAGGACUGCGCGGAGACGGCCAGCGCCUCCUUCGAUGUCUUCAACCCGGACACCUUCACCGUCAUCCUGGACUUUGUCUACUCUGGCCACCUGGAGCUCUCCAGCAGUAAUGUUAUCGAGGUGAUGUCAGCUGCCAGCUACUUGCAGAUGAACGACGUCAUCGCCUUCUGUAAAGACUUCAUCAAGUCGUCGCUUGACAUCAGCGCCAAAGAGGAUGACGACCGUUACCUCUGCCUGUCAGAUAACGGCAUGGGCCACCACGAGCGGGUGGGAGACAUUGAGCAGGCUGGGCCUUGCUCCCUCAAUUCACAGCCCACAAUUUGGGAAGAGGAUGACAUGCAACCCAAAGAUUUCCAAGUGGACAUUAGUCCAGAGGUAACCCUCCUGUCAGCCAGCCCCACCCCGCAGCCCAGCAUGGCGGAGACAGAGCUGGAGCCAGACUCGGACAUACAGCAUCAGUUUACCACCACCAUUGUGCCAGAGCGCAGCACCAGAAGGAGGACAGCACCCAAGAGGAAGGCUAGCGCAGGACGCUCAUCAGCUGCUGCCAGUGACGGCGAUGCCGAACUUGACCUGCAGGCGGCAGCCGCGCACAGCGCACAGAAAGCAGAUGAACUUUAUGCCACUCUGCCAACCAUUGUUGGUGUGGUAGGAGUCUUCAAUAAAGACUCCAACCCCACCAUGCGUUUCAGGUGCCCUUUCUGCACGCACACGGUGAAAAGGAAAGCCGAUCUGAAGAGGCACCUCCGCUGUCACACGGGCGAACGCCCCUACCCUUGCCAGGCGUGCAGCAAGCGCUUCACUCGACUGGAGCACCUACGCAGCCAUUUUGAGACGAUUCACCAGGCGCGGAAGCUGGUCUGCCGCAAGUGCAAGCGGCACGUGACGGAGCUGAGUGGGCGUGUGGUGUGCGAGGGCACGCGGCGGUACCGCCUCUGCGGCGUCUGCAUCCAGGAGACGGGCUACAGCAACCUCACCCUGGAGGAGGAGGAGGACGAGAUGGGCCAGGGCCAGAACCAGGGGGAGGAGACCCAGGGGCUGCUGCUGGGGGUGGACGAUGGGGAGGGAGGAGAGGGGGAGAACCAGGACCCUGGAUGGGUCAUCACAGAUGAUGAUGAUCUGGCAGAGGACUCGGGGGCUGAUCUUAUCAUUCAAGAGGUGGAUGACAGUGACGAGGAGCUGAAUGGGAAGCAGGACUGACUGAACCUGAUGGGGAGAUGCUGAGGAUGAGGACUGAUGUUUACUGAACAGACACGGGUGGUGUGGGGCCUAUGGCUUUUGAAUGUGCUGUGCGUUGCUGGAGAAGAUGUGGAUGUAGUUGAAAUGCAUGCCAUGACAGCCAUAGCUGCAAAGACAUUAUCAGAAGGGCACAAAUCAUUUCAUGAAAAAAGAUGAUAUAGCCAUAACUUACUAUGCGUUGAAUAUUUGACCACUUUUGACUUUGUUGUUCCUUCACAUUUCACAAUUUUGUGUAUAUUAAAAAGUGCACAUAUCACAGACUAUCAAUGUAUUGCCUACAAUUGUUGCAUGCGUAUCUUUCUUUGUGUAUGCCAUACAUUUCCUGAUAUUUCUUGAUUCAUUUCCUUGAUAUAUUCUGUCUGUGAGGAAAGAGAAGCUCAUCCAAACAGUGUGGAAAAAGUGGCCAAAAAAAACAAUGACGGGUAGGCUACCUUUCAUUAGAGUGAGCUAAACUGACCACUAUAAAUAGCAGUUUCAUACUUGGGUCUUGGGUGUGAUUUCCACUUGAUAUGCACAGAGAAAUUACUGUGUUCUUCAGAUGAUUUUGUUAAUUUAUUACUUGUCAAAUUAUAUACUUUUGUGCAAUAAACUAUUUUUAUAUCAUA